UUUUGUACAGUUACAAUCUUACUAGCAAGUAUAGAAGCAGUAAUUUAGCCCUAGAUAUCUCAGUUUCAUUAUUUUAUCAGAGUUCGGGUUUUAUUUACAGCCAUGAGUCCUAUUCAGAAUUUCGAGCAGCAUUCUCGCCAUCUAAUGGAGCCUGAUAUACCUAUUCAAAGUAGGCUUCAAAUGGCGAUGGAGGUGCGGGAUAGUUUAGAGAUAACUCAUACCGGGGAGUACUUGAAUUUCUUGAAGUGUUACUUUCGUCCGUUUUCAGUGAUUUUGUAUCAGAUAACAAAGCCGCAGUUUACUGACAACCCUGAGCAUAAGCUGCGGAAUGUUAUUGUUGAAAUUCUUAAUCGGCUUCCUCAUAGUGAAGUGUUAAGGCCUUUUGUUCAGGAGUUGUUAAAAGUCGCAAUGCAUGUGCUUACUACGGACAAUGAGGAGAAUGGGUUGAUUUGCAUUCGCAUUAUAUUUGAUCUAUUGAGGAACUUCAGACCAACCCAAGAGACUGAAGUGCAGCCGUUCCUUGACUUCGUAUGUAAAAUAUACCAUAAUUUUAGACUCACAGUUAGCUAUUUCUUUGAAAGUGGGGCACUUGUAGCUCCAACAAUGCCACCCCCUUCAUCAAUGUCGGCAUUACCUUCCCUUGGCAACGAUGACAUUAAGCCAAUGGAUAUUUCAGAUCAAGUUGGGUCCUCCACUGCGUUGAGCACUGGGGCCGGCCAACUUAAUCCAAGUACUCGAUCGUUCAAGAUUGUGACAGAGAGUCCGUUGGUAGUUAUGUUUCUGUUUCAGCUGUAUAACCGGCUUGUCCAGACUAAUAUCCCUCAGUUAUUGCCUCUGAUGGUUGCUGCUAUCUCAGUCCCAGGUCCUGACAAGGUUCCACCGCAUUUGAAGACCCACUUCACUGAGCUAAAAGGGGCUCAAGUUAAGACGGUUUCAUUCCUGACUUACCUUUUGAAGAGCUUUGCUGAUUAUAUUAGGCCUCAUGAAGAUAGCAUUUGUAAGAGCAUUGUGAACCUGCUUGUUACUUGUUCAGAUUCUGUUUCCAUCAGAAAAGAAUUGUUGAUAGCACUGAAGCAUGUUCUUGGUACGGAUUUCAAGAGGGGACUGUUUCCCUUAAUUGAUACGCUUUUGGAAGAGAGGGUUCUCGUGGGAAUUGGCCGGGCUUGUUUUGAGACAUUGAGGCCACUGGCGUAUAGUCUACUGGCAGAAAUAGUUCAUCAUGUUCGGGGAGAUCUCUCAUUGUCACAGUUAUCACGGAUUAUAUACCUAUUUUCGAGUAAUAUGCAUGAUGCGUCAUUAUCUCUGAGCAUCCAUACCACGUGUGCACGGUUGAUGUUGAAUUUGGUGGAGCCGAUUUUUGAAAAAGGCGUCGACCUGCCAUCUAUGGACGAAGCUAGGAUUUUAUUGGGGCGAAUAUUGGACACUUUCGUCGGGAAAUUUAGCAUUUUUAAGCGUAGUAUACCUCAGCUUUUGGAGGAGGGAGAGGAAGGCAAGGAUCGGUCUACCUUAAAGUCAAAACUUGAGCUGCCAGUGCAGGCGGUUCUAAAUAUUCAGGUUCCCGUGGAACAUGCCAAAGAAGUGAGUGAUUGUAAACAUCUGAUCAAGACCUUGGUUAUGGGAAUGAAAACAAUAAUAUGGAGCAUCACACACGCACAUCUACCCCGAUCACAGGUUCCUUCAUCAACUCAAGGGACACCACAAAUGCUUCCCGGAACCCCACCUAAUUCCUCCGUUGGCCAGACAUUCAAAGGGCUGAGAGAAGAAGAGGUAUGGAGAGCUUCUGGUGUCUUGAAAAGUGGUGUGCGUUGCUUGGCUCUCUUCAAGGAGAAAGAUGAGGAGAGAGAAAUGAUCCAUCUCUUUUCCCAGAUUUUGGCUAUCAUGGAACCUCGGGAUCUUAUGGAUAUGUUCUCGUUGUGCAUGCCUGAACUUUUUGAAUGCAUGAUAUCGAACACACAGCUUGUGCACAUAUUUUCUACUCUUCUUCAGGCUUCCAAGGUUUUUAGGCCAUUUGCAGAUGUCUUAGUUAAUUUCCUUGUAAGCAGCAAACUUGAUGUUCUGAAGCAUCCAGACUCACCUGCAGCAAAACUUGUUUUACAUCUUUUCCGGUUUUUAUUUGGUGCUGUAGCCAAGUCUCCGACAGAUUGUGAACGCAUUUUGCAGCCUCAUGUGCCUGUUAUUGUGGACACUUGCAUGAAAAAUGCUGGUGAAAUUGAGAGACCAUUUGGUUAUUUGCAACUUCUUAGGACAUUGUUCCGUGCCCUAGGUGGUGGCAAAUUUGAGCUUCUAUUGAGAGACUUGAUUCCCACUCUACAACCAUGCUUGAAUAUGUUGUUGGCUAUGCUUGAGGGCCCUACAGCUGAAGAGAUGAGGGACCUUCUGCUAGAGCUCUGCUUAACGCUACCUGCACGGUUAAGCUCUUUGUUGCCUCACCUUCCUCGAUUAAUGAAGCCACUUGUAAUGUGCCUUAAUGGGAGUGACGAACUAGUGAGCUUAGGAUUGAGAACUCUUGAAUUUUGGAUUGAUAGCUUAAACCCCGAUUUUCUUGAACCAAGUAUGGCUAAUGUGAUGUCUGAUGUGAUUUUAGCAUUAUGGUCUCACUUAAGGCCUGCACCAUAUCCUUGGGGUGGUAAAUCGUUACAACUCCUUGGUAAGUUAGGGGGUCGUAAUAGACGCUUUCUCAAAGAGCCUCUUGCACUUGAGUGUAAGGAAAAUCCAGAGCAUGGACUCCGCUUGAUUCUUACAUUUGAGCCUGAAACCCCGUUUCUGGUACCGCUAGAUCGAUGUAUCAAUCUUGCUAUAGCAGCUGUUAUGAACAAAAACUGUAGCAUGGAUGCUUUUUAUCGGAAACAAGCUUUGAAGUUUCUCCGUGUAUGUUUAUCAUCACAACUUGAUCUGCCAGGUCGUGUGCAUGAUGAUGCUUUAAUAUCUAGGCACUUAUCGACAGUUUUGGUCUCGUCAGUUGAUCCAUCCUGGAGAAGAUCCGAGGCCUCCGAUGUAAAGACUGACUUGGGGGUCAAGACUAAAACACAACUAAUGGCUGAGAAAUCUGUGUUCAAGAUUCUUCUCAUGACCAUUAUUGCAGCUAGUGCUGAUCCUGAUAUAGUUGACCCAAAGGAUGAAUAUGUUACUAAUGUUUGCCGCCAUUUUGCGAUCAUAUUUCACUUGGAAUAUUCUUCAACCAACACUCCUGUUUCUGCGAUACCACUAGGUGGUCCUCUACUCUCAUCGAAUACAAGUAAUAGUUUGAAGCCAAGAAAUGGUAGCAGCUCUAAUUUGAAAGAGUUGGACCCUCUUAUCUUUUUGGAUGCUCUGGUGGAAGUGCUCGCAGGUGAAAACAGGCUCCAUGCCAAAGCUGCUCUUAGUGCACUUAAUGUAUUCUCUGAAACUCUUCUACUACUAGCUCGUUCCAAACAUGCUGAUGUCCUCAUGUCACGAGGGGGACCUGGUACUCCAAUGAUAGUCUCUAGUCCAUCAAUGAGUCCGGUUUAUUCACCUCCUCCUAGUGUCAGAGUUCCCAUUUUUGAUCAGUUAUUACCUCGUCUGCUGCACUGUUGUUAUGGAAGUACUUGGCAAGCUCAAAUGGGUGGGGUUAUUGGUCUUGGUGCAUUGGUGGGAAAGGUCACUGUUGAAACUUUAUGUGUUUUCCAAGUGCGUGUUGUACGUGGACUUGUAUUUGUUCUUAAAAGGCUUCCUGUUUAUGCUGCAAAAGAACACGAAGAAACUAGUCAGGUGCUCACCCAGGUGCUUCGAGUUGUAAAUAAUGUUGAUGAUGCAAACAGUGAUGCCCGCAAGCAGAGUUUUCAAGGAGUAGUUGAAUUUCUUGCUUCAGAGCUAUUAAAUACCAAUGCAACUGUCAAAGUCAGUAAAAUAGUGCAGUCCUGCUUGGCACUUUUGGCUAGUAGAACCGGGAGUGAGGUGUCUGAGUUACUUGAACCAUUAUACCAGCCCUUGCUUCAUUCACUUUUAAUGCGUCCCCUCAGGUCAAAAAAUGUGGAUCAACAGGUUGGUACUGUAACAGCGUUAAAUUUUUGCCUUGCCUUGAGGCCCCCUCUUAUGAAGUUCACUCCAGAGUUGGUCAGUUUUCUUCAAGAGGCUUUACAGAUUGCUGAGGCCGAUGAGACUGUAUGGGUUGCGAAGUUUAUGAACCCAAAAGUGGCCAUGUCAUUAACCAAACUCCGCACUGCUUGCAUCGAAUUGCUAUGCACAGCAAUGGCAUGGGCAGAUUUAAAGACUCAAAAUCACGCGGAGCUACGUGCAAAAGUCAUUUCCAUGUUUUUCAAGGCUUUGACUAGCAGGAGCCCUGAAAUUAUAGCUGUUUCUAAAGAGGGAUUGCGACAGGCUGUUUUGCAGCAACGGAUGCCUAAGGACCUUCUGCAGAGCAGCCUGAGGCCUAUACUAGUUAAUCUGGCUCAUACGAAGAACCUCGGUAUGCCUCUACUACUUGGUCUGGCCCGCCUUCUUGAACUUCUAUCAAAUUGGUUUAACGUGGCAUUGGGAAACAAACUGCUGGAGCAUCUGAAGAGAUGGCUGGAACCAGAGAAACUUCAACAGAUGCAAAAAUCUUGGAGAAACGGUGAAGAACCAAAGAUAGCAGCUGCUAUCAUCGAACUUUUUCACUUGCUACCCAGUGCGGCAGGGAAGUUUCUUGAUGAACUUGUAACUUUGACUAUUGAAUUAGAAGCAUUCCUUCCACCUGGGCAGUUUUAUAGCGAGAUCAACAGUCCUUAUCGUCUUCCACUGACAAAAUUCUUGAAUCGUUAUCCGCAAGCUGCUAUUGAUUAUUUUCUUGCCCGAUUAUCUGACCCAAAAUAUUUUCGUCGGUUAAUGUACAUCAUACGAUCAGAUGCUGGUCAGCCCUUACGAGAAGAACUUGCGAAGUCACCAGAGAAGAUACUCUCAAGUGCAUUCCCCGAGUUUAUGCCAGCAGCUGAGCCAUCAAUGGCUCAGGGGCCAGUAGAGACUUCUUCAUUGGGGGGUGAUGACAAUACGCAAUCCCUUUCUAAUUCUGCUACCACAAGUGUCUUGCCAGAUGCUUAUUUCCAGGGUCUCGCUCUUAUUAAAACAUUGGUCAAACUCAUGCCCGGAUGGCUGCAGAGUAACCGGAUUGUUUUUGAUACAUUGGUUCUUUGUUGGAAGUCCCCUGCUAGGAUAUCUCGGCUGCAGAAUAAGCAAGAACAGAGUUUGGUGCAGGUGAAAGAGAGCAAAUGGCUAGUCAAAUGCUUUCUGAACUAUCUACGCCACGAUAAAACUGAAGUGAAUGUGCUGUUUGAAAUUCUCUCCAUCUUUUUAUAUCAUACGCGCAUUGAUUUUACCUUCUUGAAGGAGUUUUACAUCAUUGAGGUGGCUGAGGGAUAUCCAACCAGUAUGAAGAAAACCCUUCUUUUGCACUUUCUUAACGUCCUUCAAUCAAAACAAAUGGGUCUUGAUCAUUUGGUAGUCAUCAUGCAAAUGCUGAUUCUUCCAAUGCUGGCUCAUGCAUUUCAGAAUGAGCAAACUUGGGAAGUUAUAGAUCCUGCAAUCAUUAAAACAAUUGUUGACAAGCUUCUGGACCCUCCUGAAGAGGUCUCUGCUGAUUAUGAUGAACCUUUUAGGAUAGAGCUUCUUCAACUUGCUACUUUACUUCUCAAGUAUCUACAGACUGACCUCGUCCAUCAUAGGAAGGAACUUAUAAAAUUUGGGUGGAAUCACCUAAAACGUGAAGAUAGUGCUAGUAAGCAAUGGGCCUUUGUCAAUGUAUGCCACUUCUUGGAGGCCUAUCAAGCUCCAGAAAAGAUCAUACUGCAGGUGUUUGUAGCCCUUCUUCGGACUUGUCAGCCAGAGAACAAAAUGUUGGUCAAGCAAGCCCUUGACAUAUUAAUGCCAGCACUUCCACGAAGAUUACCCAUUGGUGACAAUUCCCGCAUGCCAAUUUGGAUACGCUACACAAAAAAGAUCCUUGUGGAGGAAGGACAUUCAAUUCCUAAUCUCAUUCACAUUUUCCAGCUCAUUGUUCGUCAUUCAGAUCUUUUCUACAGUUGUAGGGCCCAGUUUGUGCCUCAGAUGGUUAAUUCCCUUAGUCGCCUUGGUUUACCAUAUAAUACUACUUCAGAGAACCGGCGUCUCGCAAUUGAACUUGCUGGGUUGGUUGUUAAUUGGGAGAGGCAAAGACAAAAUGAGAUGAAAAUAGUCAAUGACGGUGAAGGCACUAGUCAAAAUAAUGAUGGGUCAAAUCUAGGUCCCUCUGGUGGUGACAUUAAGCGAUCAGUAGAUGGGCCUUCAUUUUCCGAAGAUCAAACCAAGCGAUUAAAGGUUGAGCCCGGUCUUCAAUCUUUUGGUGUCAUGUCACCUGGUGGUGCCUCUUCAAUUCCAAAUAUAGAAACACCAGGGUCUGCUGGACAACCAGAUGAGGAGUUUAAACCUAAUGCUGCAAUGGAGGAAAUGAUUAUCAAUUUUCUGAUAAGAGUUGCUUUGGUUAUAGAGCCGAAGGACAAGGAAGCAAGUCUCAUGUAUAAGCAAGCAUUAGAGCUCUUAUCACAGGCAUUGGAGGUUUGGCCAAAUGCUAAUGUUAAGUUCAAUUAUUUAGAGAAGCUUCUCAGCAGCAUUCCGCCAACUCAGUCAAAGGACCCAUCUGCAUCUCUGGCACAGGGUUUGGAUGUGAUGAAUAAAGUUUUGGAGAAACAACCGCAUUUAUUCAUCCGUAAUAAUAUAAUCCAUAUUUCUCAAAUACUUGAGCCCUGCUUCAAGUAUAAAAUGUUAGAUGUUGGUAAGUCUUUGUGUUCAUUGUUGAAGAUGGUUUUUGUUGCUUUCCCUUCAGAAGCAACUAGCACCCCACAGGAUGUGAAGUUGUUGUAUCAAAAAGUUGAGGAGCUUGUACAGAAGCACCUUGCAUCUGUUGCAGCUCCUCAGACAGCUGGUGAAGAUAACUCCGCUUCUAUGAUUAGCUUUGUACUAUAUAUCAUACAAACGUUAGCUGAAGUGCAAAAGAGUGUCAUUGACCCUUUUAAUUUGGUUCGGGUUCUUCAACGGCUAGCACGUGAUUUGGCAUCUGCUCCUGGGUCAUACGCAAGACAAGGUCAAAGGACAGACCCAGAUUCUGCGGUCAGUUCGUCUCGUCAAGGUACUGAUCUUGGAGUGGUGAUUGCCAAUCUUAAAUCCGUCAUGAAACUGAUUGGUGAGAAGGUGAUGCUUGUGCCUGACUUCAAAAAGUCCAUAACACAGAUACUAAAUUCCUUGCUCUCUGAGAAAGGAACUGAUCAGACAGUGCUGCUCUGCAUCCUUGAUGUAAUAAAGGGAUGGAUUGACAAAGAUCUUGGCAUGCCCGGAAUGAACACUACUUCUGUCUCUUUCCUUACCCCAAAAGAAGUUGUAUCUUUCCUCCAGAAGCUUUCUCAAGUUGAUAAGCAGAAUUUUUCCCCAACUUCUCUUGAAGAGUGGGACCGAAAAUAUCUUGAGCUCCUUUAUGGGCUUUGUGCAGAUGCGGACAAGUAUCCAUUGACUUUGCGCCAAGAAGUAUUUCAAAAAGUAGAGCGACAGUUUUUACUAGGUUUAAGAGCAAGGGAUCCUGAAAUGCGGAUGAGGUUUUUCUCCCUCUACCAUGAAUCUCUUCAGAAAACACUGUUCACAAGACUGCAGUACAUUAUUCAAGUUCAGGACUGGGAGGCUCUGAGUGAUGUCUUUUGGCUGAAACAAGGACUUGAUCUUCUUCUUGCCAUUCUAGUAGAGAAUAAACCUAUCACACUUCCUCCAAAUUCUGCCAAGGUUACAUCUCUUCUGGCUGCAGGCUCUCAUCCAGAACUUUCUGGACCCCAAUCUGUGGUUACUGAUAUGGUUACUGAUUCAUCUGAGGGAACAGAUGAUACUCCUUUAACUGUUGAUUCCCUUGUUGCCAAGCAUGCUAAGUUCAUGAGCGAGAUGAGCCGGCUUCAGGUUGGUGAUCUGGUAAUUCCAUUGAGAGAGCUCGCUCAUACAGAUGCAAAUGUUGCAUAUCAUUUGUGGGUUUUGGUGUUUCCCAUUGUCUGGGUGACUCUGUGCAAGGAAGAGCAAGUAAAACUUGCUAAGCCGAUAAUCUCUCUCUUAUCAAAAGAUUACCAUAAGAAGCAGCAGGGUAACAGGCCAAAUGUGGUGCAAGCUCUUUUAGAAGGACUCCAGUUAAGCCACCCGCAACCUCGAAUGCCUAGUGAACUCAUAAAGUAUAUUGGAAAGACUUACAAUGCAUGGCACAUAGCACUAAAUCUUCUAGAAAGUCAUGUGAUGCUGUUUCAAAAUGAAACAAAGUGCUCCGAGUCUCUCGCUGAACUUUAUCGGUUGCUGAAUGAGGAAGAUAUGAGGUAUGGAUUGUGGAAGAAACGGUCAAUUACUGCUGAAACUCGGGUUGGGUUAUCACUUGUUCAGCAUGGUUACUGGCAGCGGGCCCAAAGUCUGUUUUACCAAGCCAUGGUUAAGGCAACACAAGGCACUUACAAUAACACUGUACCCAAAGCUGAGAUGUGUCUCUGGGAGGAGCAAUGGUUAUAUUGUGCUAGUCAACUCAGUCAAUGGGAUGUAUUGGUGGACUUUGGUAAACUUGUUGAUAAUUAUGAAAUUUUACUUGAUAGUCUCUGGAAACAACCAGAUUGGGCAUAUUUGAAAGAAAAUGUUAUUCCGAAGGCUCAAGUUGAAGAAACUCCAAAGCUUCGUAUAAUCCAAGCAUAUUUUUCUCUACAUGAGAAAAAUACCAAUGGUGUUGGUGAUGCCGAAAAUAUUGUUGGUAAAGGUGUUGACCUUGCUUUAGAACAAUGGUGGCAGUUGCCUGAGAUGUCUAUCCACGCUAGAAUUCCACUUCUGCAGCAAUUCCAACAAUUAGUAGAGGUUCAAGAAUCAGCCAGAGUUAUAGUAGAUAUAGCAAAUGGAAAUAAACAAGCUGCGAAUCCUUCUGUUGGCGUACAUGGUAGUUCGUAUGCCGAUCUGAAAGACAUUCUUGAAACCUGGAGACUCAGAACUCCAAAUGAAUGGGAUAAUUUGUCUGUUUGGUAUGAUUUAUUGCAGUGGAGGAAUGAAAUGUAUAAUGCAGUGAUUGAUGCGUUUAAAGAUAUGGCCAACUCAAGUCCUCAACUUCAUCACCUUGGUUACCGUGAUAAGGCAUGGAAUGUCAAUAAACUUGCUCAUAUUGCCCGUAAGCAGAGUCUUCAUGAUGUUUGUGUCACCGUUUUGGAAAAAAUGUAUGGCCACUCAACUAUGGAAGUGCAGGAGGCUUUUGUUAAGAUAAGGGAGCAAGCAAAGGCAUAUCUGGAAAUGAAAGGAGAGCUUACAAGUGGUCUUAAUUUGAUUAACAGUACCAAUCUGGAAUACUUUCCUGUCAAACAUAAAGCAGAAAUUUUCCGCAUCAAAGGGGAUUUUUUGUUAAAGCUACAUGAUUGUGAGGGAGCCAAUCUGUCAUAUUCAAAUGCCAUCAGCCUUUUCAAGAACCUGCCUAAAGGGUGGAUAAGUUGGGGAAAUUAUUGUGACAUGGCUUUCAAAGAAACACGUGAAGAGAUUUGGUUGGAGUAUGCUGUGAGUUGUUUUCUGCAAGGUAUUAAGUUUGGCAUUCUUAAUUCCAGAAGCCAUCUAGCUCGUGUUCUGUACCUUCUCAGCUUUGACACCCCCAAUGAGUCUGUUGGAAGAGCUUUUGAUAAAUAUGUUGAUCAGAUACCUCAUUGGGUUUGGCUUUCUUGGAUUCCACAACUAUUAUUGUCCCUGCAAAGAUCUGAAGCCCCACAUUGCAAACUUGUUCUGCUAAAAGUUGCAACCGUAUAUCCACAGGCAUUGUAUUACUGGCUGCGCACAUAUUUGCUUGAGCGGCGUGAUGUUGCAAAUAAAUCUGAAUUUGGCCGAAUGGCAAUGGCUCAACAAAGGAUGCAUCAAAACAUGGCUAGUGCGGCUGAUGGCAGACAGGGUGGUGGUUCUUCAGCCUCGGAUAACCAGAUUCACCAAGGAACACAAUCGACAGGCCCUGUUGGGUCCCAUGAGGGUGGUAGCUCUCAAGGUCAAGAACCUGAACGGUCUACAGCACCUGACGGCAGUGUGCUGGGUGGUAAUGAACAACAGAAUCCUUCUUCGAUUAGUGAUGGUGGUCAAAAUGCUAUAAGGCGUAACUAUGCCAUGGGUUUAGUUGCUUCUGCUGCUAGUGCUUUUGAUGCUGCAAAAGAUAUAAUGGAGGCUCUUAGAAGCAAACACACCAACUUAGCUAGUGAACUUGAGAGUUUACUCACGGAAAUAGGUUCAAGGUUUGUGACCCUGCCAGAGGAGCGACUGUUGGCUGUGGUUAAUGCUCUGCUGCAUCGUUGUUAUAAAUACCCUACCGCCACAACAGCAGAGGUUCCACAGUCUCUUAAAAAGGAGCUCUCAGGUGUUUGCAGGGCAUGUUUCUCAGCAGAUGCGGUUAACAAGCAUGUGGAGUUUGUAAGAGAGUACAAGCAGGAUUUUGAACGUGACCUUGAUCCAGAGAGUACUGCUACUUUCCCAGCUACCUUAUCUGAUCUAACUGAAAGACUAAAGCACUGGAAAAACAUUCUUCAGAGCAACGUAGAGGACCGUUUCCCAGCUGUAUUGAAACUGGAGGAAGAAAGCAGGGUGUUGCGUGACUUCCAUGUGGUCGAGGUCGAGGUUCCAGGACAGUACUUCACUGAUCAAGAAGUUGCACCUGAUCAUACUGUGAAGCUAGACCGGGUAGGGGCAGAUAUUCCAAUUGUGCGUAGGCAUGGGAGCAGUUUCCGACGUUUGACUCUCAUUGGUUCUGAUGGCUCGCAACGACAUUUUAUAGUACAAACAUCCCUGACUCCAAACGCCAGGAGCGAUGAACGGAUUUUACAACUUUUCCGUGUGAUGAAUCGGAUGUUUGAUAAGCACAAAGAAUCAAGACGCCGACACAUAAACAUUCAUACACCUAUUAUCAUCCCUGUUUGGUCUCAGGUGCGAAUGGUUGAAGAUGACUUAACAUACAGUACCUUUUUGGAGGUAUACGAGAACCAUUGUUCAAGAAACAAUAAAGAGGCUGACCAACCAAUUGCCUAUUUUAAGGAACAGCUAAACCAAGCAAUCUCGGGUCAAAUAUCACCAGAAGCUGUAGUUGAUCUCCGUCUUCAAGCCUACAACCACAUUACUAAAGAUUAUGUCCUUGAAAAUAUAUUCUCUCAGUAUAUGUACAAAACACUACUGAGUGGAAAUCACAUGUGGGCUUUCAAGAAGCAGUUUGCUAUCCAGUUAGCCCUCUCAAGUUUCACAUCUUUCAUGCUACAAAUAGGUGGGAGGUCUCCUAACAAAAUAUUGUUUGCUAAGAACACUGGGAAAAUAUUUCAAACAGAUUUCCACCCCGCAUAUGAUGCCAACGGUAUGAUUGAGUUCAAUGAACCAGUGCCUUUUCGGCUGACAAGAAAUUUGCAGGCGUUUUUUUCUCAUUUUGGUGUUGAGGGACUCAUUGUGUCUGCCAUGUGUGCAGCAGCUCAGGCUGUUGUAUCCCCCAAGCAAAGUCAACACCUCUAUCAUCAUUUAGCUAUGUUUUUCCGUGAUGAGCUGUUAUCUUGGUCAUGGAGAAGGCCUCUUGGAAUGCCGUUGGCCCCGGUUGUUGGUGGGGGUAGCAUGAACCCCACUGAAUUUAAACAAAAGAUCACCACAAAUGUAGAGCAAGUGAUUGUCCGAAUAAAUGGGAUUGCCCCUCAGUUCAUAUCAGAAGAGGAGGAAAAUUCAAUGGAUCCGCCACAGUCGGUGCAAAGAGGUGUUACGGAACUUGUCGAAGCUGCUCUUACUCCAAGAAACUUAUGCAUGAUGGAUCCAACUUGGCAUCCCUGGUUUUAAACUUAGGAAAAGAUCAGAAGCAUGUGUUUUGUAGAUAAAGUAGCAGCAGCAGUAAAUUUGUGAUGUAGUACUAAUGUUAGUAUGGUAGAACAUCUUUUGAGUUGUACAUAUGCUACUAAAAUCUUUUAUUUAGGCUCUCAUGGUAUUUUGACUCAUUUGUCAUAGGUAAUUUGAAGUUAUUAAUCAACUAAUCUAAAGGAUUUAUGAGUUC